AUGAUCGGUUCAUUCUGGAACUUGUGCCGCGCGUGCCCUUCCAUGCCUGUGGAUAAGCUGCACUCGGAAUACCGCAGCACUUACAGAUGGCACGAGUACAAAGAACAACAGCAGCAACAGCAGGGGGUGGUCAAGCAGCCCGCCCCCACCCCGCCUACCGCACUGCCCAUCGCCAGGGGUGCCAUCGAGCCAGCACUGCCUCGUCGUAAGAAGUACCCCGGCGUCGCGUACAAGACGAAUGAACUCUUCGACCCUGCCCCCGUGGACGAUAUCCGGCCUCAGCAGGCGUCCGCCUUCGACCGCGCCCGGAGCGCUCAGAGAAAUGACUCAGACCGCGCCGGGAGACGAAGCAAGUCGGAAGGGCCGCGCCAACCACGCUGGACCGACACCGUGGAGCCAAAGGCCACCACAGCGCUGGGCGAGGUGCUGGCAGUGAAGGAGCCAGAGACGGUCAGCACUGAGUACCGCAACCAGUUCGCCUGGCCCAAGGACACCGACGUUCCGCGGAAGAGUAUCUCGAUGGGCGCGCUCAAGAAGGCCGCUGUAGCUGAAGGGUCAGUUGAGGCUGAACCGCUCAUGAACCACGUGGAUGACCACGACGACGGUCAAAAACGGUACAUCGAAGACUAUCUGUGGAACGGUCAGAAACCUGGCGUGCAGAGAAAAUCGACGUUCCGUAGCGCGCUAUCGGCCCUCAUAUACAACGGGGAGGAUCGUUCCAAAGAUAAUAGGAAACGUUACAAAAGCGAGUACAAAAAGAAAUUUAGACCGUUCUCUCAAUACGUGUACGAGGCGUCUAAAGGGAAAUUUACGAAAUGCAGGGGGAAAGGGAAGUCGAUUGAGGAGGCGAGCGAGAGGUUGGUGGGGGAGACGGACGGGGCAGGGUCGGGGGCGGGGGUGUCACAAGCGAGUGUGGGGGCGAGUGCGGGGGUAGAGGGGGCGGGGCCGGGGCCAGGCGCCGGGGAAGACACGGCCAGCACGCUGCGGGCGGCCGGCCUGCAGCCGCUCGGCCUCGCGCAGGGCGACUCGUGGUACCGAGAGGUGCUGGAUCUGCGCAAGCGCGCCGGCGAAUACAAGUACCGCGGCUGGGGAACUGAGCUAGCUCCUGAACACAUCACUCAGCUUUACAAUAAGCAAAUCGAGCUCUGGUACCAAGUGUCCCGGCGGUCCUCGCUGUCAGCCCUAUCACUCGCUUCCACCAAUCACAAGGCCCUGCCACGUGAUGAGAAGGAUGGAAAGGAAUCCAGAAACCAUUCUCCGAAGAAAUUUAGAUCUUUCCGCUCGGCACCUCACCAGUCCAUCCAUGCCAAGUUGCAAGAAACGAAGGCUUUGGAGCGAUCUCCUCAUAAGACUUCGCCCCAGAAGCAGAGGAAGAAGCUGCAAGGCCACAGCUUCGAUGAAGGAGCUGUCCAAGACGGGGCGAAGUCCGAGGGGUCGUUCCGCUCGCCGCGCCGCCGGCCGCGCUCCGCCGACCCCGCGCCCGCCGCCGUGCGCCACCUGCCCAACGGCGACGUGCACGACCACCCGCGCCCCGCCAAGCCUACUGGUUUGCCGUUAAGUAGGGGCAGUAGUGUUAGAGUUAGGUCGACGUCACGAGGUGGCCGGUCGCCUUCCGCGCCUACCAAAACGGGGGCUGGGAUGAUGAAUGGGGCAGUUGAGGCAAAUGAGACCAUUGGGGCUCUAGGGGCAACGGGGACAGCAGGCAGGGGCAGACGCAGCCGCAGCGUUACAAAAGUGGGCAUAAAAUUGGAUGACGACAUUCCCGCUCAUCGCAGCGCCUCCGUCGCUAAGGACCACUUCUUUGACGACUCCCCGAUCGUCAAAUCUCCCCCCGAGCCGACUCGGGUGAAGUCCCCCGAGCAGAUGAACAUGCGCUCCCCCGACCCGGUCAAUUGGACCGUGCCCCUUGACACUGGCAAGACAUUCACCGUCACUCAGAACGUGAAAAGCGAUGAGAGCAUUAAGCGCCCUAGCUCUGACUUUAAGAGCGCCUCAGUGGCCGACGAGCCCGCCGCGAAGCCGGCAGAAAUCGCUCCAAUACAUCACCAGCAAAUGUCACCAAUACGCUCUCUUAAAAAGAGCGAAUCGCCGACUAGCCUGAGCAAGCGCACCGACAAGACGCCCACCACGCCCGUAAGCCUCACUCCCAUCGACGAGACCAAAGCCCUCGACAUGAACAACAUCAACGGAGUUAAUGGCCUCAACAGUAACCAGCUAACUCCUGAAACACCAGUCAAGGACACAAUCAAAGAUAUCAAAGAGAAAGAAGUCAUUAAGAAGUCGACUGAAGCGACUCAGGUGGCCCCCGGUGUAGUGGACACGACCGUGGUCAAUGAGACCCCUAACACGGGAGGUCUGACCGCAGCGGAAGUUCUCGACAGAGCCCGCACGAGAUUCGACAAAUUCUGGGGCAAGAAAGAGGACGACGUUUAGUCAUUUCGAUAAAUCAUUUGCAUGUAAAUUGUGACAGUUACAAGUUCCUAAAAGUAUUAAAAAAAUUCUAUUCUAACUGGAUUGAAUCUCAUAGCGCAUGCUGUGACAAUUUACAGCGAAUUACGAAAAAAAA